AAUAUUAUUUUCUAUUUCUAAUUAAUUAUUUUAACAAUUUCAUUAAGAUGUUACUAGUAUUUUCGAAUAAAACUACAAAAUGAACGUCGCUAAAUUAUUACUUGCUUUUGCAACUUUUACUCUUAUAUAUGUUUCAGCUCACCCUAUCGAUACAACGCACACAGCAAAGGAACAUGUUAAUGAAUUUUUCAAUCAUUUUAAAAAAUCAGAAGAAAUAGAUAACAUCAAAUUACUUAUAGAUGACUAUGCCAAAAAAAUUGAUAUUGUAUACGGAAAUGCCCAAGAAACUCUGAAAGCACAAGGUAAAAACACUAAUAGUGAUGCUCUUAGAGUAGAAUUUGACAAAUAUAUUACAAGCUAUUCUACUUCUAGAGAUCAAAAAUCUCAAAGCAAAGUGGAUGCUAUAAGAUCAGAAGACUCAGCCUUAGCAGAUUUGUUGAAUAUUUACUAUUCUAAAUAUAGUGAAUCUGAGUCUGCCAUGGGUUCCAUUCUCGAAUAUAUUUUAAAACAUAAUCAUUGAGUGAAAUUUGUCAGUUAAUAUAUAUUUAUAUAAAUUUAUUGCUGUAUAACUUUUAAAUUAAGAUACAGAUUUAUAAAGUUAUGUUAAUUUUCAAAUUUUUCUACCUAUUUUAUUAUUAUGUUUGAAAAAUAAUAAUGUUGAAUUAUUUAUAUUAAA